CAAUGCCAAAAACACUUUUUUGGAGUGUGCUUUCUCCACUUCAGACUUGUUUUCAAUAGAGAAAUUGUGCGGGAUGGAAGUGUGAUGGAGCGAGCCCGUCUCACAGCACCCUGGCCUCUGUAUGUGGCUACUUCCCAGAUACCAGGAGCAGGGGAAGGUGUGUGGACCUCUGCUGCCCUUCCUAGGGGGCUGGUUUUUGGCCCUUAUGAAGGUCAACUUCUUAGGGUGAAAAAGAACUCCAAAGCAGCAGAUUCAGGUUAUGCUUGGCAAUUGCAGGUAAAGUCUUACAAGAAGAGCAGAAUGUGUGUUGACAGUGUGAACAAAUCCAUUAGCAACUGGCUGCGCUAUGUGAACUGUGCGCGAGAUGCUGUGGAGAUGAACCUGGAGGCUUUCCAAUAUAGGAAGGACAUAUACUAUAUCACUCUCCGGGAAAUAAAAAGCAAUUCUGAACUGUUUGUGUGGUAUGGGGAUGAGUAUGGCCGGGAGCUGGGAAUACUGAACCUAUCAAACAGCAUUGUCAGCAUGCAUCCAGCCCAAGAACAACCAGAUAAGUCAGUGGCCAGUGAAGAAACUAAAGUUCACCAGAAGAUGAACAGUAGUGAGACCAAGCCUGCAUACAGUGAACAGACUCUGGAGAAGAUUGGCAAACUCAGCAAGCCACAGUCAGCAUUACAGCAUCUGUUCUGUCUGGCUAAACUAGAAAAGAAUGAAGAUUACAGUGUCAGGGUGGUGUAUAUAAACUCCAUAAAUAAUAAUAAAAAUAGUGAAGGUUCAGGAGAUGCAGACAGGAAACUUAGGAUAUAUGAGGAUGAAUCUUGCUCGCUUCCCAACGUGAGGUUCAACCAGAAGUAUAACUCCAAGUAUAAUCAUGCAUAUUGUAUAGAGUGCAAAAAGACAUACAGCUGCCCCUGCCCCAAGCACCCUAUGACGCUGAUCUUGGAUGUACCUGUUCCUCGUGAUGGCAGUGUCCAGAAUCGGGCUGAGCUCACUAUCCCAUGGCCUUUGUACAUUGCCAAGUCCAAGAUGGAGGAUGGAGGUUUGGGGGUAUGGACCUGUGCUGACAUUCCUGAAGGACUUGUAUUUGGCCCCUGUGAAGGCCGUGUUGUGAAGAGGACUGGAGAGAUGUCUGGCUAUGCCUGGGAGAUCCAUGGGAGGCCAGACCUAGAGAUAGACUGUAAAGACACCUCGGUGAGCAAUUGGGGGCGCUACAUUAAUUGUGCAAGGAACUACAUUGAAAGGAACCUGAUUGCCAUGCAGAUUCAAAGUGAAAUAUUCUAUGUCACCAAUAAUGAGAUUAAAAGGAACACAGAGCUGAUGGUGUGGUAUGGAGCGUCGUAUGGGCAGAUGCUGGGUAUAUCCACCAGGGACUUCUUUAAACCAUUAUUAAAAGCGGCAGAGCUUGAGCGGUGGUGCAGUGAGUGUCAGGUGCUCUUCACUUCACCAGAGUUUCUGGACAGACACAAAGAAAGAUGUAGGCAAAAAGUGAGAGGCAAAAGCAAGAAAAGAACACAGGAUGAUUCAGACUUAUUUCCACAUAAGCACUUGAAGGCAGAAAGGAAACCACAAAUAAGAAAGAAAGAGAAGACCUCAGUUAGAAAUUUUGAAGGAAACUUUUCAUUAGAAGCUAGAGAUGCUGUUAGUCAGACUAAGGAUCUCAGGGAUGUUUCUAGUACUGAUGUUGACUGUUGUAGUUCCUUAGAUCCACUUAUUACCCCAAGUUUCAUCUCCAACCAGUCAUUUAAUGGUAAGGAAACAAGAAUUUUGCCAAAUGUAACCACUAAUUUACAUCAGAUGACUGAUUUUACUCCUGUCAUUUCACAAAACUCACAUGGAACCUUCAAUCAGUGUGUAGAGUUUGAUUCAUCUGAAACAAUAAACAAUGCAUCCUUGGAUUCUGGUUCAGCCUUUUUGAAUAGCUCUUUGAACAAUAAUGAAAUAUUUAUAGAUUCAUUGACUCUGAAAGACUACACUACUUCACAGAAAGAGUCAAUUAAUGAUUCUUCUGGCUACAAGAGUAUUAAUUCCAGCAGCCAGAGCAACCACUGUGAUGAUCUGUGCAGUAAUGCUUUGAACUCUUCAUUGACCACAAGUGGUCUCAGAUAUUCCCAUAAACCUGAACACAGGCCUCAGAUGCCAUGCACAGAGAACACUCAUGAAGGUAUGUUGUGUGAUGGAGAGAGUGAGGCUGAAAAAUCACAGAUAUUCAGUCAUAGUACUGAUGAUAAGAUUUAUUGUGGAACACAAGAGAAAUGUUACUCAGUUGAGGCAAUGAAAGAAAAAAAUCUUCAUGCUCUGAUGAAAUGAGAAUGAUCAAUAAGCAACACACAAGUGAUACCCAUCAGCACGUGUUUAACUCUGAAAGUGGUAAUUGUAGUUAUCCUCACGAAAGGGAUAUACUACAAAAGAAAUUAAAGAGUAAAGAUCUUAAAGGUAGCUUCUUGCAAUGCUACUGGAAGAAAAGGCAUGAUAUUGAAUGCAGAUGGAAAAUGUCAAGCCAUUCCACAGUAGAGCAACGUCAUAUUUAUGUAAGAAAGAAUCAUAUGCACGGUGAACAUGUGAUUAACAGGACAAAAGCUUCUGUCCAGCCUCAGGAAGCUGUAGCAGCAAACACUGGUGACUACAUCAGUUUGUCAUGUGAUAAAUUUUAUGGCAAGAUGUCAAACAAUGAAAUGAGUGGUCAGAAUGUGGCAAAAGAGAAUGGUAACUACUCUAGGCAAGUCAGGCCUAGCGAUACUUUAGACUGUGAUGGGGAGGCCAACCUUCCAUUGCUACAUCAGUGUGAUCAAACUCUUCAGGGAGGGAAGUGUGGUAUUAAUGUAGCUAAUCAUUCAUUGAUUGGUGGCUCAAGACAGGUUGUUAUGCAUCAAAAUGAAAACUAUUGUGGCAGAACACAGCCAGUUCAGUCAUUAAUAAAGAAGGACAAACACAGAACAAACUAUAGGCCAUGUCCAUGGAAGGGCCUUGGCACACUUUAUGAAUGUUACAAAUGUGCCAGAAAAUUUGCCAACAAGUUCAACCUUCAUGAGCAUCAAUUUUGCUGUAAGUAAUGCAGUGCAGCUUUUACUGUUUGUUAUCUUUGUUAGAGGAUGAGUUUCAAUAUUGUAUUUGCAGCCAAAAUUGCAGGGAUGGCAUUUCAUCUUUGACAAAAAGCUGGACGUGUUAUAUAUGUAUUUAACUAAUAAAUGUAUUUGUUUAUGCUUCAUGUAAACUAGGAACACACACACACACACACACACACACACAUAUUUUGAAAUUCACCCUGAUUUUUUUAAGCAUUAUCUCAGGCAAUAAUAUUUCAGCCUCUGUAAUUACAAUGAAAACUAUAAACUUAAUAAUUUAUGUAUGUACAUACUCUGUCAUGUGGGUG